GCUGUAGACAUAUUUAUUCUUUUAACAGCAUUAAAGUUAAAUAAAUCAAAACCUAAUCUAAUCUAUUUUUUCCUCACCCAUCCUCACGAUCAGUUUUCAGGAGAUCCCCAAGGAAUAAAGUCAAAUAAUUUGAGAUAGUUUUGUUUGUCAGUCUUUAGUAAUAUCUUCUCUCCAAUCCCUGGUGUCCUCGACUAUCAAAAACCUUCCUAAAUCCUAUCAGAUUAUUUAACUGAUAACAUUUUGGAGCGGUUGUAGAUUAUGAGAAUAAGUGAUUGCAUAUUAGGUCCCCAUAUAUAGUAUCAAUAAUAAGUGUAUCUAAACAGAAAUACAGAAAUAGAUAAACUCUUAAUCAUAGAUAAAGGGAACAUUUGAACUCCUUAUUUGUAUAUUACGUGACUUGUUCAGAGCGUGCCUGGAAAUUGCGACAGUGCCGUAAACCAUGUCCGGUUUCCAGCUGGGUGUUCCAUGGAAACACAUUCACGUCUUACGUUUUGUUUAUAUGCCUGGGGAGCCAACAGCUACGGUCAGCUGGGACAGAGCCAUGUGGACGACCAGUGCGUACCGUGGCUCUCUGUCAGCUCGGCUCUGCAGGACAGGACGGUCCGGGUUGUGGACGGAGGAGGGGGUCAUUCUGUGGUUCUCACCGUAGAGAGUGGAGAGGUGUUUGUUUGUGGCCAGAAUCACAGAGGCCAGCUGGGACUUGGUCACAGUACUGACGUCUCAACUCUUCAGCUCUGCCCCGUCUUGAAUCACAGAGUCGCAAAUGUAGCCUGCGGCUGGGAUUUUACACUUCUUCUCACAGAUUCUGGUCAACUACUUGCAUGUGGUUCUAAUGCAUUUGGACAGUUGGGUGUUGGACAGACAGUCACACACUCUGCUGAGCUUCUAGCUGUUGAGACUCUUAAAGAGCCAGUAGUGAGUGUAGCAGCAGGACUCAGACACUCACUCGCCGUUAGUGCCUCGGACUCCGUGUAUCAGUGGGGAACCGGUCUUUUUAGCCAUGCUAAGAGAGCGCUCAGUCCCCACCCUGCUCCAUCACAUCUGAACUCCAAACUUCCCUGUCCGGUACCAGGUCUCGGCCAGAGGAAAGCACGGCUUGUAACAGCAGGUUCAGCACACUGUGUGUGUUUAACAGAAGAAGGUGAAUUAUUCCUGUGGGGAAGCAAUAAACAUGGCCAGCUGGCUACAGCGGAGCCCUUUCUGCCCUCUCCCAGUCUGCUGAAUCGAUCUCUGCUGAAGGGAGAGAAGGUUAUGGGUGUGUGCAGCGGCUGGACGCACGUUGUUGCUCAGACAGAGAGUGGCAGAGUAUUCACAUGGGGGAGAGGAGAUUAUGGACAGCUUGGUCGAUCAGCCUCGGUCAGUGAGAAUGCCGAGACGUCGAUGGGAAUCAGGAAGGAUUGCAUCCCUGUUGAAGUUACAUCCCUCCACGGAGCAACUCAGAUUGUAUGUGGAUCUGAACACAACCUUGCCAUUGUAGGGGGGUGCCUCCUGUCGUGGGGCUGGAACGAGCACGGGAUGUGUGGGGACGGUUCGCAGGCUGACGUCUUUCAUCCUCGGCUCGUUUCUGAUCUCAGGCCUGUUCUCAUUGGCUGUGGUGCUGGACACUCAAUGGCAGUGUGUGGCGUGACGGCUAGUUUAACGCAGAACUCUGUCCACACUUGGGAAGAACUGGAGCACAAGCAAAGAUCCCCUUUCACUGAGUUUAAAAAAAAAAAAACUACCUCAGCUACUUGAUAAAGUUUUCAUUGUUGGUGCAGCUAAACACGGUGUUUUACAGUGUGGAAGACGCUGUAAUUUUUGACGUUGAUGAACAAAUGUCAGUGUCUAUGUUCAUUUGUCAUGUCAAAGCUGCUCUAAGUCAUGCAGGAAGUUGACUAUUCUGGUGGUUGUGUCACUCUGACCAUGUUGCAGUGUUUUAGAGAUAACUGACUGGUACAGAUUUCAGUUUUUCUCUGAAUUCUGACCUGCUAAUUCAGAUUUUUACCCUUUUUUUUAAACCAAAUGAUUGUAACCAGGGUUUCUACAGUCUUAAAAAUUCAUGAGCAGUCUUAAAUGUAAUUCUCAAAGUUAAGCACUGACCAGCUUAGGUAGCCUGGUGUCCUGCAUGUUUCGAAUGCAUUUCCUAAGCAUCGCAUCAAAAUCUAGAGGUGUCUGCUAAUCACUCAUUUAUUUGGUUAAGAUAUCUUAAACCAGGAAGACAUUUAAGGUCUUCAGGAAAACAGCCUUUUAGUUGUGACUUUGAAUUUUGGUAAAUUACCCACUAUGAGAACAUUCUGAAUAAAAAAACAACAAAUUUUAACACAUUUUGGUCAGGAAAAACUUCAUAAACAGGGAUUUAUGAAGAAGUUGGCAAUUUGAAUAGAGACACACUCAAAAUUAUUGAUAUGUACAUUUUAAUUAUGUUAAAUCUUUUUUUAGUCAUCUGUUUGUUGAUUUGCAUUAGUGUAUUAGUGGAAAUUUGUGUUUUAUUUAUUUAUUCUUUUUACUUCAGAUGGCUAAAAAAAAAAAUUAAAAUAAAUCAACACUCACUGAAUACUGAUUAUUUCUGUGUUUUUUAUUUAUCACUAUUUCUGUACAAGUCUGAACUGUAUUGGUCAAAAAACACACAAAACAAAAAUCCCUAAACAACAAACCGAUAAAAACGAUCACUGAACACCUCACUGAGAUAAGUAGCCACAAAACGCAUGGUGUUCAAAAACGCACACCCUAAGGUCUCACUAAGUCGCACACAUGAGUUGCCAUAUUUGUCAUGUUGGUUCUCUUUAUACAAUAACCAUUGCUUUCUUUCCUUUCCUUUGUUUUCUCUGUUGUUAAACGUUGACCAACGUACUGUCCCCCUGUUUGUGCUCAGCCAGCCUGCAGCCUGCUAUUUUUGGCAGAUUCAACUGAAUGCAGGCGGAUCUCAAGAGGUUGUUGGCAGUGUGUUUGCAGUUGUUUGGUAAGAAGUUGGUCCCUUUUCACAAACUUUUUCCACAUAAACAUUGAAUCGACCUUUUGUGCUCAAAUGGUGGUCCUUUGAGUUUUUUUUAUUUUAUUUUUUUUAUUUUUUUAAGAGGUAUGCUCAUUGCUUUACUGUGGAGGUUGAUCCAUACAGGGCUCCUUAUUGCAUCUGUCAUUUUGAGCAUUAGUUUCAAUGGCUGGUGACUGUUAAAUUAAAAUGUGCAUUAGGUAGUCAUGCACUGUAAUUCCCCUAAAUGAGAAGAAUAAUUUGCAUAUUAGAGGCACUUGUCCACAUUGAUAACAGUUUGGCCUUUGUUGGUAUUACAUAUUACUAUCUGUAUGCACAUAUGUGUACAAGAAACAAAAAUAAAUCUACAUGAUUGUCAAUUAAAUCACAGCUGCACUACAUAACAUUAACAUGAUGUCUGAAGUAUGUGAUGGCAAAGUCGUACAUCCUACAGUGCCUUAAAAAAGUGUUUGCACUCCUUAAACGUUUUCAUGUCAUCUUACAACCA